CCACAAACCACAAGCUCGCGCAUUAUCCCUCGUCACUCAUUCCCUUAUCACAUAGCAUAAUAGCAUUGCAUCGUACCCCCCAACCCCUGCACUACCACAACUCCCCCGCCUAGCUACUAGUUACGACCCCACCCCGCCCCACCCACCAUGCCGGGCGUGUCGCGCCUCGCGGCGUUCGGCCUCCUCUCGACCGGACUCGCGGCAGGCGUCGUGGGCAACGCGCUCAAGGAGCGGCCAAACUUCUACGCGGCGGCCGUGUCGGUCGGGCGGAGCAGCGGAGCAUUGUUGAUACUCGGCAACUUCCUCCUGUUCCUCACCAUCUGCACGGGCGUGCUGUGGAAGCGUAUCUUCUUUGGCGAGCUGCGGCCAAUCGAGUACGAGCACCUCUUCGAGCGGCUAUGGAUCUUCCUCACCGAGUCGCUGCUCGCGCUUACCAUCUUCGGAAAUGCCUUCUCUAUCCCGUUCGCACUCAUGUACGGUCUGCUCGUCUUCCUCAAGUGCUUCCACUGGAUCACGGCCGACCGCGUCGACUACCUUGACCAAAUUCCACCCCCUGGCCCGCCGCUCAGCUUCCACCUGCGCAUUACGGCCAUCACGACCAUUCUCACGCUGACUGACAUUGCGCUGUUCCUCUACUCGGCCGAGUCGAUCGUUGUCGACGGCGUCUCAGUCAUGAUCCUCUUCACGUCCGAGUUUGCCAUUCUCCUCGCGUCCGUGUUGGGCACCUGGGCGAGGUACGGCAUUGCGGUCGCCGACCUGCGGCGUGCCCAGGGGCGCGAAGACGCGCCCGCGUGGGAGCAGAAGAGCAUGUACCUGUUCUAUGUCGAUCUGGCAGUCGACUUCACCAAGCUCCUCAUCUACCUCGUCUUCUUCAUCGCCAUCCUGAUCAACUAUGGUCUCCCGCUGCACAUCCUGCGCGACGUGUACAUGACGCUGAGGAGCUUCAUCGCCCGCGCGUCCGACUUCCUGCGCUACCGCCGCGCCACACGCAACAUGGACACACUGUACCCCGAUGCGUCGGCCGAGGAGCUCGACCGUCUGGGCGACAAGACGUGCAUCAUCUGCCGUGAGGAGAUGGUCGCCCGUGAUGCCGGCGACGCAGCCGACGAAGGACCCAACAUGACGCCGAAGAAGCUCGUCUGCGGGCACAUCUUCCACUUCCACUGCCUGCGCACAUGGCUCGAGAGGCAACAGAGCUGCCCUACGUGUCGUCGCGACGUCCUGAACAUGACCCCUGUGCCCCGCCGCGAUGGGCUGCAGCAGCCUCCACCUCCAGCCCCGGGUGCGGUCCCUGUUCCACCAGGUGCUGCCCACCCCGACCACCCACCAACACCAGAAGGCGCGCGGGCACUCGAGUUUGAGGAGUACUUCCGCCUGCCGGCGGUCAAUGGCGACGCGCCGCCUCCUCUCCACGCACCGCCAGGAGUGGCGCCGCCUACGGCCACUAGGACGGCGGCGCCUGCGACCCUGGAGAUUGAGGAGACUGAGGAAGUCAGGGUGCAGCGGGGUAUCUGGGGUGCACCGAUCAUCCCAGGCCGCUUCCUCGCUCAGACCCCGAUCGCGCCUCUGCGCGCCAUCCCCGGCCUGGAUCAGGCUCGCGUGGUUCCACCACCGACCGGGGUGCAGGAGCCUGCGACCCCCGGCCCUAGUGGACUGGUUUCGGGAACGACGACACCGUUCUCGUCCCAGUCACCCGUCGUCUUCUCGUCCACUGGCUCGCCUCGACGCAGUGCGGACGCGACGCCUCAAAAGCCUGCUGCCGCGGAGCCGGCCGAGUCGGCACCUGUGGAUGACGACGUGCCGACGUUUGACGACGACGACAUCCCAAUACGCGAGGCGAUUGCGCGCGCUGCGUUGCGCCGAGCUGGGGGCAGCGCUGCAUCAGUGGACAAGGGCAAGACGCCCGAGCGCGCCGUGGAGCCAGCACCGGUCGCCGCCACUCCCGCUCCCGCUGCCGCUGCACCACGAGACACGUCGUUUGACGCCGUGCCGACCCACCACGCGUACCUCACCCCUGUGUCGCUGCCCCCUCCGCACCUCCCUCAGGUCGUUAUGGGGCAGUCUGUUGCGCGUGCGGUGCCCCAGACCCCUGAGGCUACGCGCCGCGCGCUCGACGAGCGCCUCGCUGCCCUCCGUGACGUUGACCAGGUCGUAUGGGGCCUCGUUGGCGAGCUGAGCCGCCUCAAGAGCGCAUGGGAGCUCGAGGACGGAGCUGGCGCGUCGGAGAGCGUGCAGGUUAGCGCUGCUACCAGCACCACGGCAGACGCGUCGUCGUCUGCCCCGGCGUGAUUGUAGACCAUGUAUGUAGCCCACAUGCACGUAGCUCAACUGUUUGCA